GCCCAGCACUUUCAGGGCCACUACUUCAUCCUGCAAUUCGACUCUUCGGUGUCUGUCACACACGAAAUAAAGCGGAAUUUGAGGCUGGAUCCACGGAUGUUGAGAUUCAGCAUUGUGAAGAUGAACGAUAAUCACUUGGGGAGGAAGAAGAAGGGGGGUGUUUGGGUGAAAGGGGUGGAGAGUGGUGGGGGUGUGUCAAGUGGGGAGGCGAAGGAGGGGAGUUUGGUGUGGAAGGAGGGGGAUGUUUAUGAGAGGAUGAGUAGUGGUGGGGGUGGUGGGUAUGGGGGUGCGGGUGGCGAUCGGAGUGGGAUGGGGGGGAUGUUGGGGCGGUAUGGGUAUUGA